AUGGGGAUGCAGACACUGGAUACUUCUACUCAGGAAAAAACUGACGAGUUUGAUGUGUUCCUGGACCCAGAGGUGAUAGGUCAAAUACGCAAGAUCCGCCUGGAGCAUGACAACUCAGGCAAGCCAUGGCAGGUUGACAAGGUGGUCCUUGUGAGCAAGACAGAUGGUGCCCAGCUUGAGUUUCCCAUCUACAAGUGGCUAAGCCUGGAGCAGCCUGGCUUUGACAUUGCUGUGGAGGUACCUGUGUCCGGGCAUGACUGGCCGGUGCGGGAGUAUGUUGUCUGCACUUUGACCGGUGACGGUUUUGGGUCUGGUACAGAAGCUGAUGUCUAUGUGAAGUUGAUCGGCACAAUUGGAGACACUGGCAAGAGGUUCCUGGUACACAAUCUUGAGAAAACAGAGCCCAAGUUUGACUCUGGACAGCUGUCAACAUUUCUCGUGCAAGCUGUAGACGUGGGCAGACUGGUUCAGGUACAGAUAGGUCACAACGGUACUGGACCAGGCUCGGGGUGGUACCUGAAACAGGUGGCUGUCCGGGAGGGCCUUGACUCCAGCGAGACAUACAUCUUCAAGUGUGACAAGUGGCUUCAUGAUGAAAAGGAUGAUCACCUAACAGAGAGGCUCCUGAAUCUUGACCAUGUGGAGAAAACCCAUAAACCUCUGUCAGUCAUCACAGCAGGGACAGCCAAACAAGCGGACAAACCUGAGAGGCCAAUAUUAGAGGCGCAUAGCGACGUACAAUCAGCUCCAAGACAGGAUGAUGGGGGAGAUGAUGAAGAGGACACUGAUAGUGUGGCAGAAAGUGUCCCUCUGCCUGGUGAACUUCUGGAGGAUAGUGUAGCUGAGCUGAACGAGCCUAAAGGGCAGCCUGAUGGACGGAAGAGGCCUGUCAGUGCAGAUGACUGGGAUGGAGACGAACAGGAUGUCAAGCCACGUGAAGAACAGGUCGAAACUGAGUCAGAUGGAGCUGAAGGGGAGGGUCAGGAUGUGCCAAAAGAGUUAGGUAAAGGAAAUACAGGGGAGCCUACAGAAGGUCUUGAGGCCGAGUCACUCAGUGCCAAGCCUGGGACUCCUGGCACCAAGGCAACGAAUGAUAAACUUGAUAAAACCAGGGUUUCUUCAUCUGCCAGAGAUCGAAAGUCUGGGCAGGAUGAGGGAUCAGGUCAGAAACCAGUGUCAAGAGAGGGCAGCCUCACAUACAGAGUGAAUAAAGAAGACUAGAAAUCAUGUGUGUCAAACAUGGUUAUCAUUUCAUGUGUGUCAAACAUGGUUAUCAUGUCAUGUUUGCAUCAAACAUGGUUAUCAUGUCAUGUGUGUCAAACAUGAUUAUCAUGUCAUGUGUGUCAAACUUGAUUAUCAUGUUGUGUGUGUCAAACAUGGUUAUCAUGUCAUGUGUGUCAAACAUGGUUAUCAUGUCAUGUUUGUCAAACAUGGUUAUCAUGUCAUGUAUGUCAAACAUGAUUAUCAUGUCAUAUGUGUCAAAUUCAACAGUAAUAAUCAUCCAAUGCUGCAAAAAAUACAAGCAGUCAUGUUUACAAAUGAAGCAGGGAUCAUAUUGCCAAAUUAUUCAGAUAUUGUUCUUGUUUUGUAUCAUGCAACAUUUGAAACAAACUUCUUGCAAUGAUGUCACUUGGAAUUACAAAUUUGAUCUGCAUUGUCUCAUUUGUUACAUUUAUAUAUCCAUAAAAUCAUGAGGUGCUGUUUAUUUUAUUUUUAACAGGAUUGUUUUCUGAGAGUGCCAGUGUUUCAUUCACAUUUUUAUGUUACGGUGAAGGUGUCUUUAAUGUUUAAAUUGUUAUUUUCUUACCCAUUGGACUUAAUCUUUUUGUAAUUAGUUUUAUUGUUGAGUGAUACUGUUUUUAAUAAAUUUGUUUUGUGGUUUUGUUUUAAAGAAAUACUGUUAUUAAUAAUUUUGUCUUAUUUUUGCGUUGUAUAUUCUUUAAAUUAUUAUUUAUUAAGAUAUUAUUCAGUCUGUCCAUCAUUGUAUAUAGAAAAACAUGUCUUACAUGUAUAACUGGGCUUGUUUUAAUUACUGCAUUGAAAGCAAGUUGUUAUUUAUUAGGUGUUUGUGACACCAAGAGCUUGUUUAUGAUUUUAGUGAACAUAAGUUUGGUAUGCUGUUCUUUGCUAUACGUUUGACUUUGUUUAUUUUACUAAUUUUAAAUUGUGACAAUUGUACAAUGUAUAUGUGUAUCGAUAUACAAGUGUAUCUAAAAUGUUUAGGUCCAUUUAUUAGUUAUGACCCUGCCAUGGUGUGCCAUGUAAUAGGCUUAUGGCUGGCCGUAGUAGUGUAUCUUUUUUAUUACAUACAUAGCCUUAACAUCAUUCAAUAAAAACUGAAAUGGAAACCUCUUCAUGGUUUAGCAUAAUUUAUCAAUGUUCAAGCUAUUAUUUAUAAAGUAUUCUUAAAUGGCUUUACAUGAUGUGGCUUAUUCUGUUCAUGUUGGUCUCAUUUAAACUUUAUGAAGAAUAUUGGGGUGAUGCCAAAGGAAUUCAUCAUGUGCCAAAAUAUCUGUACCUGUAAGUGGAACAUUUGUAUUGGUGCAUCUUUUUAGAUUUCAAUUUGUUACAUAACCUUUUCAGACAAAAUCAACACUACUUGGUUAAGUAACUGAUAUAAAAAGUUAUUCUAUAAUUAUAUCUAAAGGAGAAUCGAAAAAAAUAAUCUUAGAAUGAAGUUAAUACUAUACAUAGUGGUGGCACUGUUGUUAUGGUUUUACUAACUUUCCCUUCCUCCUUUUGUGACAAAGGGAGGGUUGUUUUACUAAGUAGGAUGGAUGUAAUGUUGCCUAUAAUAUUGUCUUAUGAUGUAGAAAUCUACUGAUACCUCUGAACUUAAGUUAACCAUUAAUGGCAUUGAAAAAAAAUAAUUGAGCAUAUAUCACAAAUUUGUGUGUUUUUAUGUUAUAUUUAUGUACAUAAGGCACUGAAAAUCCUGACAUGUCAGAGGCUGUGAUAAACACAACAUCUGUAAUAGCAUGUGAUAAACCCAAGAUCUGUGAUAGCAUGUGAUAAACCCAAGAUCUGAGAUAGCAUGUUCCUGUAUGCUGGAAUGCUGCCAUAAUAUCUGGUAUAUUUAAUUCCAUUUUCACACUUACAAAAACUCUUAUACAUAAAUAUCAUUUAUUUAAUACACUGUAUUUACAUUUAUUCAAACAUAUGGAUUUUUUCAUCAUUUAUUUUAUUGAUUGUUUUCAUGUAUGGACAUGUUUCGUUUUAUUUUAUUGUUAAAUUAAUUCUGCAUCUAGAUUUGUAUAUGUCUUAUUGAUUUUUAGUUUGUUAUGCUCCACCAAAAAAAUUUGGGGGGGGAGCAUAUAGUCCCCGCUUCGUCUGUCCGUCCGUGUCUUCGUCCGUCCGUGCACAAUUUUUGUCCGUGCUAUUUCUCAGCAAUUAAUGACCGGAAUUCAAAGAAACUUUAUGGGAAGCUUCACUAACAAGAGGAGAUGUGCAUAUUAUCAGUGGGUUCUGGUCGGAUGAUUUUUCACAGAGUAAUGGCCCUUUGAAAUUUUCUAUAAAAAAAUAUUUUCCCCCAACUACUGUGCCCUCAAGACGUUUCCUUUUAUCUGAAUAUAUAGUGCAAUAUUGUGACAAUAAAAACCUUUGGGGAGCAUCACCCGUCUCCGACGGUUUCUUGUUUUUUUUAAUUUCUGUUUAUUAAUAGGUACAUUAUAAACAUUUUAUAUUUAAAUUGAGUUGAAUCUUUGAUAACACAUGCAAGAAUGAAAGGAUAUAAUUAAAAUUUUCAAUCGGCAUGCUGUUAUAGAAAAAGACAAAAGUCAUGCAACAUAAUGUAAAUGAUGAAAAAUAGUGAAACAUUUUACCUGCUUUCUGGAAACAGUAAUUGUUUUAUGUGUAAUGAAUUUGUAUGGAAGGAUAAAACAUGUUUAUCUGUUCUUGCCAUCUUGUCCUUUGAUAAAUAUGUUGUGUAAUGAAAUACAUGUGUUUUCGUUCCAGAGUUUGACAUAUCAAAUUAAUAAUAUAAUGGCAAACUGCA